AUGACAGCCUUGGUUUCUCUCUCUUCGGCACUCGCUCUUCUAGCCGAACAACCAACCCUACCCCUCCCCCCCCCCUCGUCCUCUACAUCUGCACCUUCUAUCCUGCCCCCUCUCCAUCAGGCAGAACCUUGUCCCUCCGUUCCUCCCGGGCCUGCUAUCCUUUCUAAGGCAGAUUUUCUGGAGGCGGUUCGCCGCAGUAACCAGGCCUGCCAGAGGGGGCAGUACAGCUUGGCUGUUCAGCUUUACGGGGAGGCCCUGUCCGCAGACCCUCAGAACUGCAUCCUGUACAGCAACCGCUCUGCGGCCUACCUCCGCCUCGGGCAGUACCAGACAGCCCUGGACGACGCCCUCAAAGCCCGCCUCUUAAACCCCAAAUGGCCCAAGGCAUACUUCCGUCAGGGUGUGGCCCUACAGUACCUUGGUCGGCAUGCCGACGCCCUGGCAGCGUUCGCCUCUGGUCUGGCGCAGGACCCCAAGAGCCUGCAACUGCUGGUGGGCAUGGUGGAAGCUGCCAUGAAGUCACCGCUGAGAGACUCACUGGGACCCACUUACCAGCAGCUUCAGAAGAUGAAGCUCGACAAGAGUCCGUUCGUGGUGGUGUGUGUGAUUGGUCAGGAGCUACUGACCGCUGGUUACCACGGCGCCUCAGUUGUGGUCCUGGAGGCGGGGCUAAAGAUCGGCACAUGCUCUCUGAAGCUCCGAGGUUCAGUGUUUUCUGCUCUCAGCUCUGCCUACUGGUCGCUAGGCAACACAGAGAAGAGCACAGGAUACAUGCAGCAGGACCUGGAGGUCGCCAAGACGCUAGGUGACCAAUCAGGCGAGUGUCGGGCUCAUGGGAACUUAGGAGCCGCCUUCUUCUCCAAGGGUAACUACAGGGAGGCUUUGACAAAUCACAGACAUCAGUUGGUCCUCGCAAUGAAACUCAAGGACAGAGAGGCGGCGUCCAAUGCACUGAGCAGCCUGGGCCACGUUUACACGGCGAUAGCGGACUACCCGAACGCCCUGGCCAGCCAUAAGCAGUGUGUGCUGUUGGCACGGCAGACCCAGUGCCCACUGUCUGAGGCUCGCCAACUGGGCAACAUGGGAGCAGUCUACACAGCGCUGGGAGACUUCACCAACGCUGUGCAGUGCCACCAGCAUCAUCUGGAACUUGCUAAGACUCUGGGUAAUGGUCGGGAGGAGGCACGGGCGUACAGUAACCUGGGCAGUGCCCACCACAGCCAGAGAGACUUCGACAAGGCUGUCUCCUACCACACCCUGGUGCUGCGGCUGGCCCAGGAGCUGGACGACCGGACCAUACAGAUGAGGGCUUACGCUGGCCUGGGACACGCUGCUCGUUGCAUGCAGGACUUGGAGAGGGCAGGACAGUACCACCAGAAGCAACUGGACAUAGCAGAGGAGCUACAGGACAAGGCUGCACAGGGAAGGGCUUCAUCCAACCUGGGUAUAAUCCACCAGAUGAAGGGGGAAUAUGAGACGGCGUUGAAGUACCACAAGGCCCACCUGUGUCUGGUGCAGGAGCUCGGGGACUACGCUGCGGAGGGCAGGGCCUACGGGAAUAUGGGCAACGCCUACAACUCCCUGGGGAUGUACGACCAGGCUGUUCGCUAUCACCGGCAGGAGCUGCACAUCUCUCUGGAGGUAAAUGACCGUCCCUCGCAGGCCUCCACCCACGGCAACCUGGCUGUAGCCUAUCAGGCCCUGGGCGCUCACGACCAGGCUCUCCAGCACUACCUGCACCACCUGACCAUCGCCCAUGAGCUACGCGACACUCAGAGCACGGCCAGAGCGCUAGGUAACCUUGGGAACUUCCACUGCUGCCGAGGGGAGUACGUCCAGGCCGUCCCCUACUACCAGCAGUACCUCACCCUGUCACCUCAGCUACAGGACAUGGAGGGGGAGGGCAAAGUCUGCCACAACCUGGCCUACACACACUACUGCCUGGGACAGUACAAGGAGGCCGUCAGGUAUUAUGAGCAGGAUCUGGCCCUGGCUAAAGACCUGGGGGAUAAGUUGUCCCAGGCCAAAGCCUAUUGUAACCUUGGUCUGGCUUACAAGGCCCUGGGGGAAUACAGCAAGGCUGAGGACUGUCAGAGGUGCCUGCUGGCCCUGGCUCAGACUCUGAACAACACACAGGCAGUGUUCCGCGCUCUGGGGAACUUAGGGGAUGUGUGUGUGUGUCGGGGUGAUGUGGCUGGGGCAGUGAGGUUCUACCAGCAGCAGCUCACCUUGGCUCAGGAGAUCAAGGGACACAAGAUGGAGGCUGAUGCCUACUCUGCGCUAGGCUCCGCACACAGACUCCUCCGUCAGUACGACCUGGCGCUCAACUUCCACGAGGAGGAGCUGUCUGUCCGCACAUCUCUAGACGACCAGCGGGGGCAGUGUGGUGCUCUGGGUCGCCUGGCAGCUGUCCACAUGGCCCUAAUGGACUAUCCCACGGCCUUCCAAUGCUACCAGGCUCAGCUCGCCCUGGCGCAGGGUCUCAGAGACGCCAGUGUGGAGGCACAGGUCCAGGGCAACAUGGGCAUCACCAAGAUGAACAUGGGCGUCCUGGAGGAGGCCAUCGGCUACUUCGAGCAGCAGUUGGCCAUGUUGGAGCAGCUGAGCGGGGCUGAGUGUGUUCUGGACCGAGGCAGGGCCUACGGGAACCUAGCCGACUGCUACGACUCGCUGGGAGACUUUGAGGAAGCAAUAAAGUACUAUGAGAUGUCUCUGACUGUGGCUCAGAGCCUCAAGCAUGUUCAGGACCAGGAGAGAGCCUACAGGGGACUGGGCAAUGCACACAGAUCUCUGGGUAGUCUGCAGCAGGCGUUGGUGUGUUUCGAGAAGCGUCUGGUGGUGGCCCACGAGUUGGGUGGAGAGGCCGGGGGAGGAAAGGCCCAGGCCUACGGGGAACUGGGAGACCUCCACAGCCACCUGGGGAACUAUGAACAAGCUCUGUCCUGCCUGGAGCAUCAGCUGGACAUGGCGUGCAGCGCGGGGGAUCGGGCACUAGAGGGCGCUGCGAGCGGGGCCCUGGGUGGUGUCUACCAACUGAUGGGAGAGAACGAGUCCGCUCUGCAGUGGCACCAGAAGGCUUUAGAGAUUGCGGAGGAGAUGCAGUGUGGGAGGAGUCAGGGCAAGGCCUACGGGAACCUGGGCUUGACCUACGAGGCGCUGGGAAAUUACGAAAGGGCAGUGGUCUGUCAGGAGCAGCACCUGAGCGUGGCCGCACAGAACAACGACCUCGCAGCCAAGACACUUGCGUACGGCAGCCUGGGGAGGACACACCACGCACUGAAGAACUACACACAGGCUGUCAUGUACCUGCAGGAAGGUCUACGUUUGGCAGAGCAGUGUGGGAGAAGAGAGGAGGAAGCUAAGAUCCGUCACCGGCUGGGCCUGUCACUAUGGGCCAGCAGCAACCUAGAAGAAGCCCAGCACCAGUUGUACAGAGCGUCCGCGUUGUUUGAGUCAAUUCGCCAUGAGGCGCAGCUCAGCUCAGACUACAGGCUGUCUCUGUUCGACCUGCAAACCUCCUCCUACCAGGCUCUCCAGAGGGUCCUCGUCAGCCUGGGCCACCAUGACGAGGCCCUGGCGGUGGCGGAGCGGGCUCGGACCCGGGCUUUCGCUGACCUCCUGGUGGAGCGACAGCAGGGUCAUCAAGCCCCUACAUCUGACCCCUAUAACCCGACCCCUGACCCUUACUCCCCAGUUACCAUUGAGCACAUCCUGGAUACGGUCAACAGCCAAAAGUCACUAGUGCUGUACUUCUCUCUGGCCGCAGGAUAUCUGUACAGCUGGCUGCUGGCCCCCGGAACUGGUAUAGUGAAGUUUCACGAGGUGUACCUGGGGGAGGGAGGAUCUGAGCUGCAGGCCUCAGACAUCCAGGGGGGAGGAGCUAGUGGCUGGCAGACUCUGGAGCAGCACAUUACUGCAGCAAGAGAGGCUCUGGGAGUGGACAACUACUACUGCAGCAGCGAGACAGAGAGUGAGGCUGGUGAUCUGUCAGAACAUCAGUUUGAGGAGCGAUUGACCUCCACCACCGAUCCUACCGGCUACCUCCGCAUGGUAUCCAGAAACAACAUCUUCAAAAGGAGUAGUCAGAGUUUGUCCAGUUUGGUCAGUUCUACAGUGUCUCCAGGGAGAGAGACCCCCUCAUCUCCCAGUAGAGCUCCACCCAGCCCCCUCACCAAACCCCCCCUACGUGCCCUUCACCACCUUCUCAUUGCGCCGAUGGAGGAGGUGCUAAUGCCCAGCAGUGGUGCAGUGGGCAGACACAGACAGUUGGUUCUGGUGUUGGAGGGAGAUCUGUACCUGGUUCCCUUUGCUCUGCUCAAAGGAAGCUCCUCCAACGAGUAUCUGUACGAGAGGUUCAACAUUCUAGCCGUCCCGUCUUUAGGGAGCCUGGGGGUGGCAGCCAAGUCACACCCUCGUCGCGGGGCUCCAUUCCUCUGUGGCGGCGGGGGUUCUGUGACUGCAGUAGUGGGUGCUCCAAGCCUGCCCUCCAGGGUGAUGGAGCGUUGGCUUUGGGGACCGCUGCCCUCUGCCCACGACGAGGCCCAUCGCCUGGGGGAACUGCUAGGCUGCCAGCCCCUCACUGGGACACACGCCACCAAGGAGCGCGUGCUGACCGCCAUGAGCCAAGCAGAAUGUGUCCACUUCGCCACUCAUGUCUCCUGGAAGCUGGCGGCCCUGGUUCUUUCACCAAGCCAGGAUCCAGGCUUGAACUCAGAGACACGGCCCAAGGAGAGCACACCUCGUGGGGGAUCGCUAGCAAGCGAGACCGGGGAUGCCGGAGCGAGGUCUGAGCGACGGGAGGAUGGGAGUGAGGACGGGGGAAGCGUGUGUGAUGCGGAGAGUUUGUGCGACGGUCCACCGUUACAGGAGUUUCUGCUCACCGCCGCCGACAUAUUAGAACUGAGACUGCCUGUCAAACUGGUGGUGCUGGGGUCAUACCAGGAGAGUGGAAGCAGAGUGACAGCCGACGGGCUGGUGGGUCUGACCCGGGCCUUCCUUUCGGCGGGGGUGCAUUGUGUGUGUGUGUCCUUGUGGCCCAUUCCCGUGGCAGCCUCCAAAGUGUUUACACACACGUUCUACUCAGCGCUGCUGAACGGGGCCAAGGCUAGCGCAGCUCUCACUGAGGCCAUGAAGACCCUGCAGAGCAGCGCACAUUUCUCACAUCCCUCCAACUGGGCUGGCUUCAUGCUGAUUGGCUGUGACGUGAAGCUGAACAGCCCCUCGUCCCUGAUUGGCCAGGCCCUGGCAGAGAUCCUCCAGUACCCUGAGAGAGCCAGAGAUGCCCUAAGAGUUCUACUGCACCUGGUUGAGAAGUCUCUCCAGCGUAUUCAGAGUGGACAGACUAACGCAAUGUAUACCUCACAGCAAAGUGUGGAGAAUAAGGUUGGUGGCGUCCCGGGCUGGCAGGCCCUGCUGUCGGCUGUCGGGUUCCGGUUGGAUUGUUCUGGUACCGGCGGCGGUAUGCCGGCUGCGGUGUUCUUCCCUACAGCUGACCCGGGAGACCGGAUGCAGCUCUGCAGCGCCACCCUGCAGUCACUGCUAGGUCUGCCACAUGCAGCAUUUCAGGCCCUCUGUAAACUGGUAACGGCAGCAGAGACUGGAGAACAGCUCAUCAACAAGGCUGUUAGAUACAUGGUGGGAACGCUUCAUCAGGUAUUGGUUGAACAGCAGUCAUGUGACAAGGACCAGGAGUUUUCAUUGGCUCCCAUCCAAGUGUCUAUUAGUGUCCAACUGUGGAGACUCCCUGGUUGUCAUGAGUUCCUGGCUGCAUUGGGUUUUGACCUGUGUGAGGCUGGACAGGAGGAGGUGCUGCUGAAGACUGGUAAACAGGCUAGCAGACGGACCAUGCACUUUGCUUUACAGUCACUGUUGGCCCUGUUUGACUCCACUGAGCUCCCCAAACGUCUGAGCCUGGACAGCUCUUCUUCUCUAGAGUCUCUCUCCUCCUCCCAGUGUGCUUCCCACUCCCUCCCUCUCUCCCUCCCCCUCAACCUGCCCCAGCCUCCGUUCUCCUCCCCGCUUGGUGGCCCAGACAGCCUCUCCUGCGAUGCCAUCUCCCUCUACAGCCUCAGUUCCCUUGCCUCCUCCCUCAGCUUCCUGUCCCGCCCCGAACCCGCCGGCAGUGAUGUCAUUAGCCAGCGCUCGCGGCAGCAGGAGCUGGAGCGCCACCGCGGGGGAGCGGGGUUGUUUGCCUCACACCGACACGCUGGCGGCGUGCCGCGAAACCGAUCGACGAAUCAGAGAGUAGGAGGAGGGGCCGAGGGGGAGGAAGAGGAGGAGUAUAAAGGAUUCUCUAUUAUCAGCAGUGAACCUCUAGGAGGAGAGGGGCGGGAGUGUGAGACCUUGCCCCUCCCUGCGGGACACAGACACCUUAGAGGAUCAGGGAGAGGAGGCGCAGCGGGGAGAGGGUAUCCCGUCUCCAUGUCCUCCAAAGGGAGCGUCAGCACUCCCACCUCACCGCUUAAAGUCCCCCCUCCACCCCUUGUUGCGCCCCCCAGCCCGAACACACACACUAACACCAAGGGCCCUCAGAGCGUUUCUAAAGGUCAUGUGGUCAGUACCGAGGCGGUCCUUUCUGAGUCAGACCAGUCCAGCACCGAGACGGACAGCACGGUCAAGUCCCAGGAGGACAAGCCUCCGUCCGCGCCUCUGGAUCCCCAGGAGCUGGCCAGCCGCAUCCUGGCUGAGACCCAGAGCCACAUGCAGGCAGUGGAGAGCCUCCAGAGGGGGAGGACAGGAAGGGCGGGCGACGGGGGUGGGGAGGAGGGGUUAAGAGGACCGGAGCGUAGACCUUCAUCCGCCUCGGCUCCCCUGACGCCAACGUUGACCCCAGUGGGCGGGUCUUUGGGCUUCCGUUCAUCCGAGACCAGUGCUUUCAGCAGACCCAGUAGUAGAGCCAGUCUGAAAGCCCAGGGUUCACCCCUACCCCCGCCCAGCCCCCACUCCCACCUCCCCGCGCCCCUCUCGCCGCUCUCCACCAAGCCCAAACCGCCGUCUCGCUCCUCAUCCUUACAGAAAGUCAGCUCCGGCUACAACAGUCCGGCCCUGUCCUCCCGUUCUCCCUCCCUGACCCUGUCUCACCCCCAUCCCUCGCCCUACCGAACUCCAGACCCCUACAUCCAGGGGCAGCUCAGACUUAAAUACCCCAGUUCCCCUUACACUCCUCACAUCUCACACUCCCCCAGUAGCAUGUCGAUCUCGCCCAGCUCAGGACACCCUUCCCCAGCUGGGAGCCUCCGGUCCCCGGCUGCAUCCCCGGUCCUCUCUCUGGUCCCCUCUCCUGCCCUCUCUUACUCCUCCACAGGGUCCACCUCAGCCAGCUCCAGCCCGGUCGAAACCGCAGACAUGGGACGAUUGAAGCAGGCUGGCGUGGUGGAUGAGAGGGUUCAAGCUAUCCACAACUUGAAGACCCUCUGGUCCAACGCCACCCAGAGGCAGGAAGUUCCUGGGCCAGGCAGAGUGCUCCAGGGUGGGGGGAAGAAGAUGAGUAGGGUCCAGAAAGACGUCCUCGGGCUCCUCCACCUCUCUCCAAGACGUGGAUCCACCAAACAGGACCAGGACGCUGAAAAGGGCCAGACCCCCACCAGCCCGCCAAAUGGACUCAGAAAACUGGGUUCACAACCUGCCGUGGCACCGCUCCCUCAGACUGUUGCCGAUUAUCCUGGAGCCCCACCACACCCUGUCAGAUUGCCCUCAGGGAAUGGCUUUAAAUUCCCCUCGCCUGGGAAGUUUUUCCCCUCUUCUAAAUGCUGAGAAGGACGGAGAGUCCUCAUGGUUAGAGAUCUCUUUCAACUCUGAGACUCCUCUGGUGAAUGAUACUAACACACAAAGGAGUCUUGGAUAUGCCAGUUCUUGGAGUGUCAUUAGCUAGGCAUUAAUGGCACAAAGACUGGGGCGGAGGUCGGAUUCCGUUUACUUUUUUUAAGUGUUUCAGACAGCCAACUAUAUACAGACAACUCAACCAACCAAUCAUGGGGAAAGGACGUUCAGAGCAGUCCCCGGGGCAGUUUAGAGGGCAGUCCCUCUAACGGACGGUCAGAGCAGUCCCCGGGGCAGUUUAGAGGGCAGUCCCUCUAACGGACGGUCAGAGCAGUCCCCGGGGCAGUUUAGAGGGCAGUCCCUCUAAUGGACGUUCAGAGCAGUCCCCGGGGCAGUUUAGAGGGCAGUCCCUCUAACGGACGUUCAGAGCAGUCCCCGGGGCAGUUUAGAGGGCAGUCCCUCUAACGGACGUUCAGAGCAGUCCCCGGGGCAGUUUAGAGGGCAGUCCCUCUAACGGACGGUCAGAGCAGUCCCCGGGGCAGUUUAGAGGGCAGUCCCUCUAACGGACGGAGGGGAUCAGAUGGGGCAGGGGAAUCAUAAAUUGUUUGAAAUCUGCAUAUGGUUCCUAACUGAAAGCAGAUCAUAUAUUUCCUAUUCCUCAUAUUACACUGUUAGGAUGCAUUGUUACAUAGAGACUGUCUUAGGCCCGGAGACUGUUACAGUGAAAAUACCAAUAUGUUCAUACUUUCUAACUAAAACGCGCGCUGUUUGUGUAAGUCUAUGUAAUUGUUUUAAUUCUGAUUCAUUUGAAUAUGGUUGUUACAUUGUUACUAUUAUGGAUCACAACUGUUAUUGUUUUGUAAAUAAAUCUGUUUUUUAUAAUCAGCAAUACAUGUUUUAUAUAUUAAUAAGCAAACAGCGCACAAAAAGAAAAACAUUUUCAUAUUUUUAUUGAAAUGCUGAAAAAGCAUGUGAGAAGACUUCAAUGUAAAUCGAGUGUUUGUCUAAGAAAGCAUGACAUCUUUUUUCCAUUCAAUGUGUCAAUGUAUUUUUAACACACGUUUUGCCCCAGUGGACUCUCGUUUAAAAAUGCAUCUGUGGUUUCUCAGUAAAAUUGAUUGAAAUAAAUAAAGUUUGAUCUGUUGA